UCUAUCUCGAGGAGGUAGAUCUGGUGGGUUGAGUGUGUGGUGGAUUGAAGAAACCAACUUGACAGUCAUGCGUACUGAGGAACACUACAUUGAUACGAAGAUAGUGGAGGAGGGUGAGGUUUACUGGAGAUUUAUAGGAGUUUAUGGAUGGCCAGGGGCAGAAGACAAGGCAAAUACCUGGGAGCUUCUCCGUAGGUUAUCAAAUCAAGGGGAUGGGCCCUGGCUUUGCGGUGGCAAUUUGAAUGAAAUCCUCUCUCGAUGGAGGAGAAACGUGGAGGUCAGGCUAGGCCGGUGGCGGAGAUGGUGGCUUUUCAUGAUGGGCUUGUUGAUUCGGGAUUGCGGGAUUUAGGCUUUGAAGGUCCGCCCUUUACGUGGGAGAACAGGCGCCGGACUGGGGGAUACGUGGAGGAAAGACUAGAUCGGUUUACUGGUUCUGAUGACUGGUUGUCCAUAUUUCCUAAUGCUCGGGUACGCCACUUGGACAAAACGAGGUCAGAUCAUCGGCCGAUCACCUGUGAUACUCGUGGUGAUGAAGAUGAGGAACCAAAGUGGGGUUAGAGCUUUCGUUUCGACCCGUUCUGGGAAAAUCAUGAGGAAAGCAAGGGAGUUGUCAUGGAAGCUUGGCAAAAUCUUGGAUCUAGUGAUAUUAUGACCAAGAUUAAUAUGUGCAGGGAUCGCUUAGAGUCAUGGAAUAGCGCCACCUUCCCCAACUUUGGGCGACAGAAGGCCAAAAUUCGAAGAGCAAUCAGCGCACUGGAGAAGAUGCCCAGAAGCCCGGUGGUGGAAAGGCAGAUGUGGAAGCUUGAGGAUGAACUGGUCAAAAUCGAAAAUGACGAGGAAAAUUAUUGGAAACAGAGAUCACGGCCGGACUGGUUAAAGGAAGCAGACAAGAACACGAACUUCUUUCACAAGAAAGCUUCGGCCGGACUGGUUAAACGAAGGAGAAAUAUGAUUCGAAAGCUGCAUGAUGAUUCCUCUAGGUGGUAUAAGGGGACAGAUCAACUUUUUGAUUGUUUUAACAAUUAUUAUGGUUUGUUGUUCUCGGCAGGGGACAUCCCCACGUCUACCCCAGUAUUGGAUGUCAUUCCAAGCACCAUUACUAUGGCGGAUAAUGAUGAUCUGCUACUUUGGCCGGUUGAUAGGGAGGAGGUUGUCGGUGCUCUUAAGCAGAUGGGACGUCGUAAGGCGCCAGGGGUUGAUGGUCUCUCGGCCUUCUUUUUCAGGAAGUAUUGGGACAUCAUCGGUGAUACUGUGGUGCAAACUGUGACAGCUAUCAUUGAGAAGGAAGAGAUGCCAAUGGGACUGAACCACACGCUGAUAGCGUUGAUUCCGAAGGUGAAACAGCCAAAAUAUCCCAAGGAAUUCAGACCAAUCAGCUUGUGUAAUAUCUUGUACAAGAUUGCAGCGAAAGUUCUGGCGAAUAGGCUGAAGUUGUUGCUAAAUAAGGUCAUAUCCCAAGAGCAUAGCGCCUUUGUUCCUGGAAGAUUCAUUACAGACAAUGUGAUGGUUGCAUUCGAGUGCUUUCAUUCGAUGAAGAAGAAGAAAAAAACCAAGGGACCGGGGGUUCUGCGGCAAAAAUUGAUAUGGCAAAAGCAUAUGAUAGAGUUGAGGCACUUCCUGGCUGGGGUUAUGAGGAAGAUGGGAUUUGCGGAGAGAUGGGUGCGGGUGAUUAUGCUCUGUGUGAGUUCAUUCACGUACUCGACCCUUAUCAAUGGGCAUCAGUCUCCCAAGUUCGCGCCGAGCCGUGGACUCCAGCAAGGGGAUCCCCUGUCCCCAUACCUUUUCCUCCUGCGUGCGGAAGUGCUCUCAGCAUACACCUCUCUUGUUGUUCGAGAGAAGAGAUUACAUGGGUUUCAACCGGCGAUCGGUGCAUCGGUGGUAUCGCAUUUUUUUCCGCUGACGAUAGUAUAUUUUUUGCCAUUGCUACGCUCCAGGAAAGCAAUGUACUCAAGAGCAUCCUAACAGAUUAUGAGCAAGAAUCGGGGCAGAAAGUUAGCUUUGAGAAGUCUGACGUAUCAUUCAGUUCUGAUGUGUCUGUCCAUCGUCAGCUAGAGAUAGGGAGAGUGCUUGGGAUGACUCGCAUGAGCAAACACAACAAAUAUCUGGGACUAGCCACCGAAGCAGGAUGAUCAAAGAAGGAACUAUUUGAGGAGAUCAAGACUCGAUUGCAGAAGAAGCUGAAUGGAUGGAAGGAGUGUGCUCUCUCAGUUGUGGCCUGGGAAGUUUUGAUUAAAUCGGUGGCACAAUC